CACGAUUUUACGUACGACUUUACGUACCUCUUUUGCAUUUGCAUUUGUCUAACGUGACUUUUUGCUUCAGCUGCAAGUUGCAAGUUGCACCACUUCCAAACCACUUCCGAACCAUCUCUUCCAGACCAUUUCCUCCAGGCCAUCUCCUUCAGACCAUCUCUCAUCUUUUCGCCACUUGUUGCUAGUUGCUAACACGGAAUUCUUGAGUCUGUGAAUAACAAAUAACAAAAUUUCCCAAUACUUAAGUUGAUACUACAUAGUAACGCCCCUGGUCAAUUAUUUUUUUUUUCUGUCCUUAAAAUCUAGGUAGUGAAAGACUUCGCGCACAAGUAUUAGAGACGACAAUGGUUUUCGCGCUCGAAUCGAUUUCGUUCGCCUUGACGUAAAAUGUUUCUUUCGAAUUUACUUGGUUCCUCUUCCGGGAGGAGAAGUUCCUUCAAAUCGAGCCGGUCAAGACCUUCCAGGCAUUCUCCUGAUGUUUCCCCGUCGCGCUCUCGAAGCCUUUAUUCCUCCUCUCCCGAGUACCUUUUCGAUGAGUCCCAACUCCAGCCUGCUAGUCAACCGCCGACGGAUGUGCUAGAUCUGAACCAGAACCUCGAAAGGCUCGCCGCCUUAUUUCCUGAUAUCCAAGUCGAAGUCUUUCGGGAGAUGCUUGCGUCCUUUUCCGAAGAGUCGCGGUUAUUCAUUAUCACGGAUAAGUUGUUGAAGAAUCCGGGCGAGUUCGUCAAGGGGCGGCGGAGAGCUGGCGACCACACGGGCUCCGAUGCGAAUGUGUUAGUCUCGCGCACUGAGGCAUUCAGAACGGCGGAAUACAAGAGGGCAGUCCGUGCCCUGGCUGCGCAAGAGUUUAAGGGUUUAUUAUCUAGAUCUGCCAUCGACGCUGUUUUAUCCGAGUACAACUACUCGUAUCUUGACGCGCGACAAACCCUUGUGGAUUUAUCUUCCAAGACGUGGAAAUUCACUAUAUCUUCCUUUCUCUUUCGUCGCAAGCCUGUAACUUCUGCUGAGGCAGAAACCCAUCCCCUUAUUAUAUGGAAGUCCGCCGACGAUGGAUCGAUGGUCCCGACUAUAAAGGCAACGGGCAGUGCCGAAUUGGAUAGGGAACUAUUUGAGGAACUUAUAAUACCAUUAAAAGAACGCGAGCAAUUACUGCGAGAAGAAAGAGACCGCGCCAUGGCUGUUUCUCUAUCUACCGAGGAUGCUGAAGCUCACGAGGCAAUGUUUGAGUGCACUUGCUGCUAUUCGGAUGUAAUUUUCGAAGAGAUUACUACCUGCACUGCUGAAGGACAUAUCGUUUGCUUCAACUGUGUUCGGCAUUCUAUUACCGAAGCCGUGUUUGGCCAGGGAUGGCAGCGUAGCAUUGAGAAAGAGACAGGUGCUCUUCGAUGUCCCGCCGUGGCAUCGGUGGAAUGCGAAAGCUGCAUAUCGCCGGAGCACAUCCGUCGAGCUAUGCAAGCAGAGAAAAACGGAGAUGAAAUUAUACGCAAACUGGAUCAACGGCUGGCAGAACAUGGUCUUUUAUCCAGCGGCCUACCUCUGAUCAGGUGCCCCUUUUGCACCUAUGCCGAAGUCGACGAUUUAUAUAUACCAGCCAGCGUGCGGAGGCCCCAAAUCCGUGUCAGCAGCAUUCCCAACUUUAUCAUCAUUUUUAUCUGUUUAAUCUUAUCGCCCCUUUCAGUCCCCAUUCUGAUACUAGCGUUGGCCUUUGCUAUUUUGUGCUUAAACUAUUCGUUUAGGGGUUACGUGUCCCGCCAUUUAGGAGCAGCCAUCAUGAGAUAUCAGCGUCGCCGUCGUGGGUUAAAAUUCAAUUGCCAAAACCCAGCCUGCAAACGCCCGUCUUGCAUAUCAUGCUCGAAGGCGUGGGUAGAUGUCCAUGUCUGCCACGAGUCGUCUCUUGUCGCCUUACGCACGCAAGUGGAGCAAGCAAUGUCUAUGGCAAUCAAGCGUGUCUGCCCUCGAUGUAGUACCUCUUUUGUCAAGACGGCUGGAUGCAACAAGUUGACCUGUCCCUGUGGCUAUAAGAUGUGCUACGUGUGUCGGAAAAACAUUGGCACUCCAAACGAGGGCUAUCAGCAUUUUUGUCAACAUUUUAGGCCCGAAGGCGACGGCCGACAGUGCAACGAGUGUAGCAAGUGCAACUUAUGGGAAGCCGAGAAUACCGAGGAAAUCCUCCGAAAAGCUAAGAUGGAAGCGGAACGGAAAUGGAGAGAAUCGGAAAGACGCGAAUUAUCCGACGCCGAGAAAGCGUAUCUCGAAGAUGGCGUGGGUGGCUUUAGUCGGGAUAAGGGCCUGGGACAGCUAUUUCCGGGCGGUAGGGUGCCGAGCAUUGAAGAAUUCUGUGAUUUGAUUAUAGAGGCUUUGUUUGUGUAGCGGGACGUAUCAGGAUCAUGUUGGGUAUGGAGUUUUGGCAAAUGAGCAUUAUCUGGCUAUCGACCGAACCUCUCUCUCUCUACUCGAAGUCAUCUUUUGAAAACGAACUUUGCAUUGGGAACGGGCGUGAGAGGAAAACAUAUCGGUCAUAUGGUAGAGAAGGGGUUAGGAGGUUAUCUAUAUGUUAUACCCAUUAGCAGCAUCGUGCAUGCAACUAUUUGUCACAGGCCGGCUACGGUCUCCAGUAAUACUACCAUAUACAAUAGUUUGGCUGUGAUUUGGCAUAAGUGCGUAAUAUUCGCAGUACCUGAAUUUACGGAGACAGAAUGUUUAGGGGCCUUUCAUUAAGGACAAGAUCCCCGGUUGUUCUCAUCAUAAGUAUUAGGUUAGGUACCUAGGCAUAUCUAUCUACGUCGUACUAGUACGAAGCAGCGAACUACCUAUUGCGCUUGAAGAGUUGAG